GUCAUUUAUAAACAUUGUAAAUAUUUUCCCGCUAAGAAUACAUUAUAUUAUUAAAAAAGUGUAAUUUUUGUUAAGUAUAAAUAUGCCAAUAAACAACGUGCAAGCCCUUAUAAAUCAGCAAACUGGAUUUUUAUCCUGGAGACAAUGUGAUGCACCUAUCAAGAGAUUGAGAUGUACAAAAGAAAAUUCAUAUUCUCAAUUACUUCCCUCAAGAGGCCAGGAUGACUUGUUUAAAGACACACCAAUAUUUACUUGUAAAUUUUCUCCUAAUGCAAAUAAUGAACAUAUACUAGCUUUAGCCAAUGAAGAUGGAAAAUUAGUGAUCCAUGACAGUUCAAAUAAUUCAAGGUAUGGAGCUUAUGCCCACAACAAUGCAAUUUUCGAUUUAGCCUGGAUGUUUGAUAAAAUGAAACUAGUCACAGCCUCGGGAGACCACACCUCAAAAAUGUAUGACAUAGGUGAAGGUGAAAUGAGACAAGAGAGGGUCUUCUGUGGACAUUCAAGAUCUGUAAAAACCAUAGCAUUUAGAAAAGAUGACUCCAGUGUAUUUGCAACUGGUGGAAGAGAUGGAAAUAUUAUUUUGUGGGAUACAAGAACAAGCACUAAUAGUUUUGUGGGUAAAGCAGAUGGGAUAAUUAAUAAUUCUCAUGUUGCUAAAGUUUUUACUCCUAGCAAAUCUAGAAAAAAGUUUAAUACACCUACUAAUGCAGGCAUAAAAUCAGUAACUGGUCUAGUCUUUCAAGAAAAUAAUACAUUGAUUUCAUGUGGAGCUGGAGAUGGUAUAAUAAAAAUUUGGGAUUUAAGAAAACAUUAUAGCAAUUACAAAAAAGAAGCCCUUCCUAAAGUUCUUAUACCAUAUCCUGGCAGUACCACAAAGAAUGGAUACAGUAGUCUUAUUAUAGAUAAUGAUGGAGUUAAAUUAUAUGCAAACUGCUUAGAUAAUACCAUAUAUUGUUAUAAUGUAGGAACAUAUAGUAAUAAACCUGUAAUAGAAUAUACAGGACAUCAAAAUAGUACUUUCUAUGUAAAAUCAUGUCUAUCAAAGAAUGGAGAAUAUCUUAUAAGUGGCAGUAGUGACGAAAAUGCAUAUAUAUGGAACACAAAAAUGUCAGAACCCAUAGUCAAACUUACUGGACACACAGCUGAAGUCACAUGUGUGGCUUUGUGCACUCAAAAUAUGGUUGCUGUAACUUGUUCUGAUGACAUGACACAUAAAAUAUGGACAGUAGGGUUAGCAGAACCCCCUGAUGACUGGAAUAUAAAUGGUAGAGGAAGUGCUGAAAUUUUACCAAUAUCUAAUAACACAUACAAAUUAAAAAGAAGUUCAAAUUUGAAUAUAGAUUUCACCCCAAAAAAAGUGUUUACUGAAUGUCAAAAAUGUAAUAAUGCUACCUCGCAAAGUUCUGUGAAAACUGCAGUUAUAAAUUGUCAAAAAGGAAAAAUUCAUGUGAAUUGGAAAGUGCAAAUAAAAUAUUUCAAACUGAAUUUGGACCUAGAAGAUUAUUUGCUAAUAUUAACAACCCAUUACUAGCUGAAAAAAAUGACUGUUUAGCAACUAUCUUAGAUACUGAAGCAAUAUCAAUGCCUUUAGAUGAUUAUGAACCUCCCAGGAAGAUACCUAAAUACAUAGAUACUAAAGAAGAAAAUGAACCUACUGCUACAACUAUGGAUGAAUGCUCAUCUGAGUAUGAUGAUGAACCUCCUAUAAAACUAUCAAAAUUGGAAAUAACUCCUUCAAGAGGAAAGAAACCUGACAUUUCCUCACCAACAAUAAAUUUGCCUAAUUAUGUAGUUGAUGGUGUAGCUCCACAUUUAACAUAUUCACCUCCAAAGAAGAAAUGCCAGGAUUGGUUAACUAGGAUUAGAAUUGAGAAAAUGUUAAGAAAAGAAUAUGAAAAGACUGAAGGUGCUACCACACCUAAACAAACAAAGCCAGAGGUAUUGCUUAGAAGGAAAUAUGUUGCACCUAGAAGCCCAAUUUUAAAGUAUUUUAAGGUAACUAACAGCCCACAUAAAUGUGAUGGAAGCUGUACAAAACACCAAAACAAUAUGUCAAGUUUUAACACUGAAUUAGAAACAAAAUGAACAUUGGUUUCAGUUCUUAAGGUUGAUAAUGUGCAUUCCUGUUGGCAAAAUAUCAUGAAUCUACUUGAAAUUGACAUUAAC